AUGGCCCCCUCACGAACUUCUCCAGAUCCUUCUAUGACUUCACAGAGUGGGCUUUCAAACGAACAGCUUGCAGCCUUUGAUCGAGAUGGCUACCUCCUCAUUCCCAACGCGCUAGAUUCAAAUACUGUCUCUUCUUUGCUAUUAGAAACCCAUUCAAUGCUCGAGAACUUCUCUUUAGAUGACCAUCCUAUGACCAAAUUCUCAACUGGCGAAGGCAAGGAUGGCGAGCAUGUUGGAGAUGAUUAUUUCCUCACCAGUGGAGACAAGAUUCGUUUCUUCUUCGAAGAAGAUGCAUUCAAUGCUUCUGGAGAGCUCACUAAGCCCAAAGCCCGCGCUAUAAACAAAAUCGGCCACUAUCUACACGCUCUCUCCCCACCCUUCGCCUCCCUACUCAGUCCCUCGUCAACCCACUCCCCGGGUGCUAUCGCCCGCUCCCUCGGUUUCCGCGAGCCACAAUGCCUACAGAGCAUGAUUAUAUGCAAGCAGCCUGAGAUCGGCGGAGCAGUACCUCCCCACCAAGAUUCUACGUUCCUUUACACAGAUCCGCCAAGCGCGGUAGGAUUUUGGUACGCGCUGGAAGAUGCAACCGUCGAGAACGGCUGUCUGAGUUUCUUACCUGGAAGCCACAAAACUGCGGAAAUCGGUAAGCGGUUUGUUCGGAAGAAGGACGGGUCAGGAACCGAGUUUAUUGAUAAUGAGGGCAUGAGAUUUCCUGCUGGGGAAGAAUACAAGGCCGAGACGUCGGAGGGAGUGUAUAAAUUGGGGGAGGUGAAAGCUGGGACUUUGGUUUUGAUACAUGGCAACUUGCUUCAUAAGAGUGAGAAGAACGUUAGUCGGAAAGGGAGGAUUAUCUACACUUUCCAUGUUAUCGAGAAGCAGGGGGCGGUUUAUGAUCAAAGGAAUUGGUUGCAACCGCCAAAGGAAGGAUUCACGAAAUUAUGA